GGUGUGCUGUGUAAUUUCCAGGUCCUGAUGGACACCCAAAAGAAACCAAACAAGAGCUCAAGGGAACUGUGACUUGUGUGGGCUGUGGAGGGAAGCAGCAGAUCAAAGUGUUGCAGAAUGAACAUGGAGAAACAUAAUUCAUCUUUGGUGGUAGAAUUACUUUACCCAGACUUAGUCAUCAAUGUAGGAGAAGUGACUCUUGGUGAAGGAAACAGAAAUAAGCUGCAGAAAAGUCAGAGAGAGCAAGAGAAGGUGAAAGUUAUACAGGCUGCAUGUGCUUUAUUGAACUCAGGAGGAGGAGUGAUUCGGCUGGAAAUGGCAAACAAGGAUGAGCGUCCCAUGGAGAUGGGACUGGAUUUAGAACAGUCUCUGAGGGCGCUUAUUCAAUCUUCAGAUUUGCAGACUUUCUUCGAGACUAAGCAACAAAGGAGGUGUUUUUACAUUUUCGUUAAAUCUUGGAGCAGUGACCUUUUCCCUGAAGACAGUUCUGUUAGGCCCCGCAUUUGCAGCCUGGAGACUUCAUUAUACUGCAGAUCUGGCACCUCAGUGCUUCUCAUGGACUCAAGAGAGGCAUUCAGUUUCCUGAAAACCAAGAAAAGAGAUGCAAAAAUCUUGGGGAAAGAACCUUCUGGUAAAGUUCUCAAGGUUAGACAUCAAAACUCCCACAACUCGAAUCCUGCUGACCCAAUUUUCCAAAAAGACCAGCUUGAAUAUGGUGAAAUCCUGCCUUUUCCUGAGUCUCAAUUCAUAGAGUUUAAACAGUUCUCUACAAAACACAUUCAACAACGUGUAAAAGACAUAAUUUCAGUGUACAUCCCUGCAUUUGCAAACACUGGGGGAGGCUAUCUUUUUAUUGGAGUGGAUGAUAAGAGUAAGAAAGUUCUGGGAUGUGCUAAAGAAAAUGUUGACCGUGACUCUUUGACAGAGAAAAUUGAAAAAGCAAUAUACGAGUUACCUUGUGUCCACUUUUGCCAAUCCCAAUGCCAGAUAAAUUUCAAAGUCAGAAUCUUGGAUGUGCUAGCCAGGGGAGAGCUAUAUGGCUAUGUCUGUGUGAUCAGAGUGAAGCCAUUCUGCUGUGCAGUGUUCUCAGAAGCUCCCAGUUCAUGGAUGGUGAAGGGUAAGAACGUCUGCAGCCUGACAACUGAGGAAUGGGUAGACAUGAUGAUGGACUCAGAUCCAGAUCUUCAAUGGUUGUGCAAAGACUUUGAAUCUCAGCUAAGCCUGUCUAGUGGGCCUCCCCUUAGCAGACCAGUGUAUGCCAAGAAAGGCCUGGAACAUAAGAAGGAUCUCCAGCAACUCUUAUUUCCAGUGCCCCCAGGACAUCUGCAAUACACUCCUGAAUCCCUCUGGAAGGAGCUGUCCGCACAGCAUGAAGGUCUGGAGGAAUUAAUAGAGAAGCAAAUGCGUCCUUUCUCCCAGGGAAUUUUGAUCCUCUCUAGAAGCUGGGCUGUGGACCUGAACUUGCAAGAGAAGCAGGGAGUCAUCUGCGAUGCUCUGCUGAUAGCACAGAACAGCACCCCCGUUCUCUGCACCAUUCUCCGGGAGCAGGACGCAGACGGGCAGUUCUACUGCACCCGCACCGCCUUCGCUUUGAAGCAGAAGCUGGUGAACAUGGGCGGCUACACUGGGAAGCUGUGUGUCAGGACCAAGGUCCUCCACCUGAGUCCUGAGAGCCAUGUGGAGUCCCUGGCGGGUUCCGGCUCCUCCAUCGAUUACCCCGGGUCCUAUAACCUUGCAGACACCCAGCAAAUGGAAGCCUUGCUGCAGUCCCUUGUGAUUGUGCUGCUCAGCUUCAGAUCUUUCUUGAGUGACCAGCUUGGCUGUGAGGUUUUAAAUCUGCUCACAGCCCAACAGUAUGAGAUAUUCUCAAAAAACCUCCGCAAGAACAGAGAAUUGUUCAUCCAUGGCUUACCUGGCUCAGGGAAGACCAUCAUGGCCAUGAAGAUCAUGGAGAAGAUCAGGAAUACGUUUCACUGUGAAGCAGAUAAAAUUCUCUACAUUUGUGAGAACCAGCCUCUGAGGAACUUUAUCAGUAAUAAAAAUAUCUGCCAGGCAGUGACCCGGAAAACUUUCAUGCGUAAGAACUUUGAAGAGAUUCAACACAUCAUCAUCGAAGAAGCUCAGAAUUUCCGCACUGAAGAUGGGGAGUGGUAUGAGAAGGCAAAAACCAUCACUCAGAGACAAAAGAAUAGCCCAGGAAUUCUCUGGAUCUUUCUGGACUACUUUCAGACCAGCCAUGUGGUGCACAGCGGCCUUCCUCCUUUCUCAGCCCAGCUUUCAAAAGAAGAGCUCACCAGAGUGGUCCGCAAUGCAGAUCCAAUAGCCAACUAUGUACAAGAAGUAAUGCAGGUAAUCAUAAAGAAUCCUCCACUUAACAUCCCCCAUGAGUCUCUGGAGAUACUUCUUGAAGCUGAAUGGGCUCAGGGUGUUCAGGGAACCUUAAAAAUUAAGAAAAACUUGACUCUGGAGCAAACAGUGACCUAUGUGGCAGAAACUUGCAACCGUCUCUUUGAAAGGGGCUAUUCUCCCAAGGAUGUUGCUGUGCUUGUCAGCACCACAGAAUAUGUGGAGCGUUAUAAGCAUGAGCUCCUGAGAGCACUGAGGAAGAAAAGAGUGCAGCUCAGCGAUGCGUGUGACAUGUUGGGUGAUCACAUGGUGUUGGACAGUGUCCGGCGAUUCUCAGGCCUGGAAAGGAAUAUCGUGUUUGGGAUCCAUCCACGGACACAUGAGUCAGCUAUCUUACGCAACAUUCUUGUCUGUCUGGCUUCCAGGGCAAAACAAAGGCUAUAUAUUCUGUGGCAUGGUUACUGUUAGGAAGAAUCCCAAACCAAAACGAGAUGAGGCAAUUGCUGUGUAAAUGUCCAUGGGUGAACAUCUGCUUGGUGUGGGCAGAAACUUUCUUUUUGGUUCACAGAUCCGCUGGAGAUUUGGGCAGAAUUGACACACAGAAUUUGGAACUUCCCCUCUCUGCCUCUCUCCUUUCCCAAUUCCUUCCUGGACUCCUUCUAGCCGCUAUUGUUACUCCAAAUUCUGAUCCCUGAUUCUUCCAGCCAGAAUGGUGACGGUUUUCUAUAGGAGCUUUAGCCGCCCUGCACAGCACAGACUGUGACCUACCUCUGGUUAAAAGCCAGAAAAACAAGAAACUUGUCCUGUGGCCCUCCUUUCUUCCAAGUCUUAGCUCUCCUCAGUGACUUCAUGCAUUUUUUUGUUUUCUAACAUUUGUCUAGAGAUUAUGGUUAUCUGCAGAAGGGUAGUCUGGUAGGAACUAACUUCGUCUUACCCGUAGCAGAACUUGUUUUCUGAAUUCUUGACACUUCCCUUUGCUAGGUUGAUUCAGGACUUGGGAGAUUCCCAAGAUAAUUCAGUCACUGACAGAGCAGGUCUUAAUCAUUUUGGCCGGACAGAGAGCACUCGUGUGAUUAUUUAAUCCUUUAAAAUUGUAGUGUCCGAUUUGUGUUCUCACAUUGGCUCAGACCAUGACUUCAUUGUAACAGUAAGCAUUAAUUAUCACUUUAUAGAGAAAUUAUAAGCCAAUAGAAAACACAUAUAUACCUGUUUUCUCUGGCUUUUAGUAGGAGAUAGUAUUAGAGACCAAAAUCUUGUUCUAAAGGUGUGUAUCAGCCCUACAUGAACAGUCCUAGGGAAGUUACUGUCCAUGGAAAUCAAUGAGUUUAUACCGCAACUUCUCAGCUCAGCUCUACUUAUUCUUCUAUAACAUACCCACUUGAGUUUUAAAUCAAGUACAUUCUUGAACUGUAAUUUGUUUCCCUUCACUUUCAUAAUUUGUUGGGCCAUUGUUAUGGACUGAAUGUUUGUGUCCCCUCAAAAUUCAUACAUUGAAGCCCUAAACCCCAGUGUGGCUGUAUUUGUAGAUUUGUAAGGAAAUAAGAUUGAAUGAGGUCAUAAGGGUGGGACCUUGAUCCGAUAGGAUUAGAGUCCUUAUAAGAAGAGACACCAGAGAGCUCUCUCCGUCCCUCUCUCUGUGCACACACAAACAAGAGUUCAUGUGAGCACACAGAAACAUGGCGGCCAACUAUAAGCCAAGAGAGGAAAUCUCAGAAUGAACUCAAUCCUGCUGGCACCUUCAGUGUGGACUUCCAGCCUCUAGAACCGUGAGAAGUAAAUUUGUGUUGUUUAACCCACCCAGUCUGCAGUAUUUUGUUACGGCAGCCUGAGCCAGUUAAUACAGCCACACAAUUAUUCUUCUAAUUAAAAACACUGAGACUUAAUAAUGCUAUUGCACUUACUUAUUUGUUUUAUUGUUCUGUCUAUACAAAACAUUUAAAAAUACUAAUCUAAAUAAUACU